GGCGUGAUGUGAGCAAAUGCAAAACAUCCAUUGGCUAAGAAAGCAACCAAUCAGUGUCAGCGGAGGAACUUCAGAGUGGAACAGCAGGGUUUGGAUUUCAGAGUUGGGAGAGCGAUUUUGGCACUGACACAAAGAGGACGGUCAUCUAUCCCCCUAAAACGCAAUCCCUGCUUUUUUUACAUGCCUGUCCGUUUAAACCCUCUUCUGAGAAACAAUAAGACGCAUUAGAGGCUGCGGGAUGUACACGGCCGGGCUCAACCCGUUUUACGCAUCAAAUUUUAGCCUCUGGUCCGCGUACUGCGCAGGGGGCUUCGCUGUGGAUACGAUGAAGAAACCCUCGUUUUGCAUUGCAGACAUUUUGCAGGCUGGAGAUGCAGAGAACAUCCCGGGGUCUUCGACCCUCAUGGUGCAUAUGGGACACCACCACCGCGCGCAACAGGGGCACUCCGGCAGCUCGCCGCUGCGCCCUUCUCCCGUCGCGCCGGAGCCGUCCGUGUACGCUGCGAGGGUGAGUCCGGCGUCUCCUUACCACAGACACGGACUACAGCUAACAUCAGUCUCCAGAACUGCAUUUAACUCCCAACAGGCUCCCCCGCCCUCAAGCAAAGACCUCAAAUUCGGAAUUGAUCGGAUAUUGUCGACAGACUUUGAUCCAAAGGGCAGAGAAAAGUCGUCGUUAAGAGAUCUCACAUCCAUCGUUAGCUCGAACCGUCAGUCAGGGAUCCACAUCCCCGUUCAGCCUCCGGCCAGCCAGUACUUCUCCUCCAUAGAGCCCGGGAUGAGCGACGCGUCCUCCAUGAUGAGUUCACUAGGCAGCAGCAGCAGCAGGCAAUCAGGCCAGCAUCAGUUUCAGGACACCUUCCCAGGUCCAUAUGCCGUCCUCACAAAAGACACGAUGCCACAGACGUACAAGAGGAAAAGGUCGUGGUCGAGGGCGGUGUUUUCGAACCUGCAGAGAAAAGGACUCGAAAAGAGAUUUGAGAUUCAGAAAUAUGUCACCAAGCCGGACAGAAAGCAGCUGGCUGCGAUGCUCGGGCUGACAGACGCUCAGGUGAAAGUGUGGUUCCAGAACAGACGCAUGAAGUGGAGGCACUCCAAAGAGGCCCAGGCUCAGAAGGACAAGGAGAAGGAGCAGCCGGACAAGAGUGUGUCUGAGGCCGGCAGCGGGGAGCCCAAAGAGCCGGCGGAGUCCGAGUGUGAGAGCGAGGGCAGGAGCGAGUGUGACUCCGACGAGGCUCAGGAGGAAAACUCUGACGGACAAUUGGACGUUUCCGAGCUCAACAAAACCAGCGUGAUCAUGAGCGGGAGCGGGCCGGCGAGCAGCGCGGAGGCAGCGGCCACAGUCACAGACACGACGGCCUCACAGAUACUAAUAUGAAGGCUGCAGCGUGGAGAUUUUAGUUUAUGAACUAUAUAAGAACGAGUUGUUUUUAUUUUUUAUUUUUAUUGUGUUGACAGAAGAACGACAGUGAUAUUAAAACGCACCCUGGAGUGGCAUCUUAAUUCAAUAACCCAUGAGGAAAUCCCAGACUGCAGCAUUUAGUCAGCGCCCCCCCCACCCCCCCUUUAAUUCCUGGGAACAAGUGGAGCAACAACACAAUAUUAUUUGUUCAAUAUGAGAGAUUAUUCUAGCCCAGACACAAGGACCAUAGGUCGCAGUUUAUUGGGGAAUUUUACUAGAUUGUUUUUCUAAAUGUUACGGACUCUUUAUAAUGAUAAAAGCACAGGCUAUUAUUAUUUAAAUUAAAUUUAAAAAAACAGGACUUCCGGUCACUUCCAGUGUCUCCUUACUGUCGUUUUCCUCUCAAGAGCUUUCGUGUGCAUCAUGUUUUCCUCAUCUGAAGGAAAUAUGGCGGUUGUGAAUUUUAAUUCUAGGUUAUUAACCACUCGUUUCACGUGUUCAUGUAUUAUUAUUUGUUUUUGUUGGUCUGGAUAUAUAGUUGUGCUAUUUUGUUAAUAAUAAUUUGCACUGAAAAUAUUGUAAAUAAAAUGUUUCUUACUUUGAAAAA